AUGGAUGCCAAGGAAUUUGCUAAAUAUGCAGUUGGAAAUGACCAUGAAGGUGUUAUAUUUGUGGACAAUCUAUCCAAAGACCCUCUCACUCUACCUACUGCAUUAAAGGAAAAGAAGAAAGAUGCCAACAAGAAUGUUAAGGUACAAAAACUAAGGGUGAGAAAGUCAGGUAGGUUGCAAGCAAUGGUGAGACAAGGAAAAAAUAAGGGACCUCCUGAAGUUGUAGAGUUAUCUGAUGAUGAGCAAUUUCCUAAUGAAGUUGCAAUGCUACAAAAUGAAACUGUUCUCCCUGAACCUGUUCUCCCUGAAACUGUUAUCUCUGAAACUGUUCUCCCUGAAGCUGUUCUCCUUGAAGCUGUGAUUCCUGAACCCGUUAUCCCUAAUGUUGUGGACCCUGAAGUUGCAGUUCCUGAAGUAGUAGAUGGGGUAGAUGGUGAUAAAGCUGGUGAGGAUAACCAGGAAGAAGAAAAUGAUGAUUCUGAUGUUUCUAAAGUUGAUAGGGUCGAUGAUAGUGAAGAAGAAAGGGAUUUAGCAAAAAGGGAGGAAGUUACAAACCCAGGAUUUGCUCAGGCUGAGUCCCUAUUGAAUGAGCACAUUACUCAAAUGCUUCAACAAACUGCAGCAGAUAAUGAUGAUGGGGAAAAGAGAGAUGAGACAGAUUUAUGUGGAGGCUAUGAGAGUGAGGACCUUGAAAGUGUCCCCACUGAUAGUGAGCAGGAAGGGAUUCCUAGGAGAAGGUUUGAAAGAUUCAAUGAGGAUGACAUGGGCCCAGAUUUCAAAUUCACAUUGGGUAUGGAGUUUAUAUCACUUACACAGUUCAAGGAAGCCCUCACUGACUACUGUAUGAAAAAUAACAGGGAAUAUAAAUUCAAGAAGAAUGACAGUAAGAGAUGCAGGGUUGUAUGCUUGAGUGAUGGCUGUCCAUUUGUGAUCUUAUGUAGCAAAGUUGGAAACAAACAGACUUAUAGAAUCAAAACUCUUAAGGGAGAGCACACAUGUGCAAGGGUUUUUGAUAAUAAGUCUGCCAAUGUUAGAUGGGUGAAGAAAAAUUUGUUGAACAAAAUCAGGACUGUAAACAAAAUUAGCACAAAUGAGAUUGUUGAUGAUUUCAGGGUAAAUCUGGGAAUUGGAAUUACCAGAUACAGAGCUUGGAAAGGUAAGAAGUUGGCAACUGAGGAGGUUGAUGGAGCUGUUGAAAUGCAGUAUACUUUGCUUUGGAGAUUCAGCAAUGAGUUGAGAAGGAGGGAUGCAGGUAACACAUGCAAAAUCAACUUUGUGACACCAAGAGCUAGCUUGCAUCCUAGGUUCCUCAGAUUUUAUAUGUGCUUAGAAGGGUGUAAGAGAGGGUUUCUGGGGGGAUGUAGGCCAUUUAUUGGCUUGGAUGGAUGUCAUCUGAAAACAAAACAUGGAGGGAUCCUUUUGUCAGCUGUAGCUCGUGAUCCAAAUGAGGAAUACUUCCCCCUUGCCUUUGCUGUGGUUGAAUCAGAGAACAAGGACAGUUGGAGGUGGUUUAUGGAGCUGUUGAUGGAUGACAUUGACCCUACAAGGUCAAGUAGAUGGUGCUUUAUCUCAGACCAACAAAAGGGUUUGAUGGAAGUCUUCAAAGAAGAGUUGCUCCAAGGUUGUGAUCAUAGGCUCUGUGUGAGACACCUGUAUGCAAAUUUGAAGACAAAGUUUGGUGGUGGAGUUCUUUUAAGGAACCUGAUGAUGGCAGCCGCAAAAGCUACAUAUGAAGAAGAAUGGAGGGAGAAAAUGCAGCUCAUUAAGGAAAAGAAUCUGCUUGCCUUUGAAUGGUUGAUGGAGAAACCAACAUCUUCUUGGUGCAGGCAUGCAUUUAGCAUUUGGCCCAAGUGUGAUGUCAUCAUGAACAGGCUUUUGUUAGUUAUUAAAACAGGCUUUUAUGUUAUUUAUGUUGUUUUGUUUGCUGUGACUAUAUGGUCCAAACAGCAAGUUCAUGUUUAA